UAUUUCUUAUAGUAGAAGAGAUUUCAAAGUGCCACACGUAUACAGAGUAAUAAGUGUUAAAAAAUCGUCUGCUUUGAAAUAUUGGAACGAAAAACAUAUUGAUUUUAAAACAUAGUAUUAACGGAUAACUGAUAUUUAAAACACACAGAAAAUAAAUGAAGAAUUAUAUUGAAAAUCAGAUGAAGUAUAUUUUUGUUUUACUAAUAAUUUAUGAUUGCAAAAGAAUCUACACAAUAAGGUACCCAGAACAGCGAAGCAUUCGUCACACUGUUUGUACAGCUUGCAUUGUCUAAAACAACAACUUAUGAAUAAUACUUAAAUCGCUCAUUAUUGUACGAAUCCCCAGUAUAUUACCGACGUUUGGCGCAUACCAUAUAUUUGCUAGAACUGAGUUUAUUACCAAUAAUUGAAUAAUCGCCAUAAAAUGGCGUUCACGACGUGCGCUUUAAUUGUUACAUUUAUGACCAUCACAACAGCCGCCAUUUUUGGAGAGCCGAACAACAAUCAUUUUCAGAGAUUCCCGCCAAGGAUGCAUAAAAUACAUCACAUAAAGCCCAAGUUCAGUAUGCCUGAUUUUGACCGCGAAGACUUUCUGCCGCCUAUGCCGCAUAUGCCGCGUAUGCCACAUAUGCCGCCUAUGCCGUCGAUGCCGGAAAUGCCGUCAAUACCGGCAAUGCCGUCGAUGCCGGAUAUGCCGUCAAUACCGGCAAUGCCGCCGCUAACACACGACCUGAUCAGGGCCCACGUAGCAGGCGAUAACGAGAAGUACUCCGGUUCUUCAUACUCUAGCCACUCUCAUUCCACAAUCAUCAACGGGAAAGAGACCUUCGAAGGUAGCGUCAGCUCUUUGAUCAACGAUGGUCACCACGUCGAAGAAAAAAUAAUGGAAUACGGUAAUUAAAUCGCUAAUUUAACAAACAACUUUUGAUAUCUUGUGUUUGCAACAUAAUUGACAAAAAAGAACAAUAUAAUCACAUUCUAGAGAUUUAAUAUAAAAAUGUAGUACUAACCUAUUUAUGAAAAAUGUUUAAAUAUCUAUAACUCAAGAUGUUAUUUUUGCAGUAUUUUUAAAUAACUUUAUUGUCAAAAUGACUAUAUAGUGCACCUAUGUUAACUACAAAAAUUUACCCACAAAGAAUACUACACGUGUAAUUUCGAUAUAAAUGCCUCUGUUCAUACGUAUUAUUAAUGUAUGUACAUUAUAAAUAAAGCAACAUUAUUAUUAAUUUCUUAUGUAAAAGUUAAUUAUUAAUCAAUAAAACUUGGAAUAUA